GAAGUCAAACACCAAUACUGAAGAUAAUAUCGGGUUUGCCUGCGUUCUUCAGAUGCUGACCUCUCACCUCUCACUCUCAUUGGCUGUCAACAGUAAAAUCAUGACUCUAUACUUUUCGAUGGACAAUUGUUUUAAAAAUGUUAAAAACUUUCCAUAUUCAGAUAUUCUGUUUUCAGCUGCUUGGGGGAAGCUUUUUGAAAUGCUCGCCUAAGCCAGAUGAGAUCUUUUUUUGAACACUAAACAUUACAUGACCCGUGCUGACACUCUCCAGGUUCUUAUGAUCUGUCCCCUCUCUCUCUUGCUGUUCUUUUUAGCUGUGUCUCUCUGCUCCUUCAGUUCAGUCAGGCGGCGCCAACAUUCUGUUGUGGGUCGUCUCUGUAGCUCGGGGCUGGGUGGCAGAUACCCUAGCGGUUACGGUACUUGACUGGUAACCACAAUGUUAAACCGUCGAAGCCAGUAUGUUGUUUAGACCUUGGGCAAAGCGACAGAGAGAACAACAGCACAGCUCUAUCACCCCUCAUUUCAUAACCGUUCCUAUUGAGGACAUUAACAUAGAUUCAAAAGAGGCAUUUUCUCCCCGUUAUACAAACCCAGUUAACUUGAGUACCCAUUGAAAAGUUGUUCUGCCGUGUACAGACGACACCCAAUACAAGUCUCCACUGGCAGUGUAGCAACUAAAGGCAAACGCCCUCACACGAAAUGGACAAAGUUAUUUCAGUCAAUAGUGUGUACCGUUAUGGGAAUCUAUAGCUGAUAUCCAGCUUAAAUGAUUCCGCACAUUUGUGUCUCUUUCUCAACUUCGUGAGGGAUGUUAGAUUCUGCAACCACACAGUCAGUGGCAGUAGAUGACUGGGUGUCUUAUUACACACGCUGACCUCUAGACUGUCACGAGUUGUGAGAGCGAGAGAUUACUUCAGCUGGUAAAUAAUCCAUUCUGUUGUCUUCUCCUCUGAUGAAGAAUCACAUGGAUUGGGACUCCUGUAACAACGUCUGUGUGUGCUUUGUGCACCGAGGAAAUCGUAUUUAAGUCACCAUGUUUUUAAAUGGGUAUUCUGGUCUCCUGUUCCAGCCUACUUUGGCUGCCUUAUAGAGUACAGCCGAGAUGGGUGUGUCUGUGGGCCGUCUCUCGUCACCUCUCGGAUGGACGCCUGGUGUUCUAUCAUUCUCUUAUCUGUGUUCUCCAGAUAUUGUUCUGGCGUGUGUGUCUGGGAGGGUCGGGUUGGUCUUUGCCUAUGGUGGAUUUGAGGCCUGAGGAGAAACAGGAGUUGGAAAGCAUCCGCUGCAGGAAACAAGAACUACUGCAGGACAUACAGCGGCUGAAGGAUGAGAUAGCUGAGGUGACCACUGAAAUCGAUAACCUGGGGCAUACCAAAGAAAGGAAAAGCAUGCAAAGGAACAAGCAGGUAUCGAUGGGUCGCAAAAAGUUCAACAUGGACCCCAAGAAGGGGAUUAAUUUUUUUAUUGACUGUGGUCUGCUGAAGAACACCAGUGAUGACAUCGCCCAAUUUCUCUACAAAGGGGAGGGGCUUAACAAGACCGCUAUCGGAGACUACUUGGGGGAGAGAGAGACCUUAAAUCUUGAGGUUCUACAAGCCUUCGUGGAGCUGCAUGAAUUCACUGACCUCAACCUGGUCCAGGCCCUCAGACAGUUCCUGUGGAGUUUCCGGUUGCCAGGUGAAGCUCAGAAGAUUGACAGAAUGAUGGAGGCGUUUGCCCAGAGAUACUGUCACUGUAACCCAGGAGUGUUCCAGCACAGCGAUACAUGUUAUGUGUUGUCGUUUGCUGUUAUCAUGCUGAACACCAGUCUCCAUAACCCCAAUGUAAAGGACAAACCUUCUCACCAGAGAUUCAUUGCCAUGAACAAAGGAAUCAAUGAUGGAGGUGACCUGCCAGAGGACCUUCUAAGGAACCUGUAUGAGAGUAUAAAGAAUGAGCCCUUUAAGAUCCCAGAGGAUGAUGGGAACGACCUCACACACACCUUCUUUAACCCUGACCGAGAGGGCUGGUUACUUAAAUUAGGAGGUAUGUAGUACUGAAUGUAAUGUGUCUGAACUGGGAGCUUUACCCUCCAGGCUGUUUGUGCUACGCUUCAGGGUGCUGCUCCGCUAAACUCUGCCACAUUUCCCACAGCUCUGACCCAUGCAUAUCUAGGCCUACUGUAACUAUGAUUUCAUUGUAUAAAAUUAAAUGGCUUGUAAUUAUUGGCAGAUGUAAUUUGUCUGUUCCGUACACAAGCUGUGAGGCCUACGGUCACUGACCUCUAAAACAACCAACAACCUUUGAACCUAACCUUACCAUCCGAUCAGCAUUUCAUCUACUGUAUAGCGUACAUGGUCAACUUUCUUGAUGUUGUGCUAUUCUUUCUGAGAAGCAUGGCUGCAUUAGAGACUUCUUGGAACGCACCCAUAGCCUCCAUCCUGCCUGGUAUGGACUAACGUCUGUGCUGUCAUCUGUCUGUUUGGAUUGUCUAUGUGCAACUUAUCUGUUAAAGUAAUCAAUCCCCUACACUUUUUCCAAAAAAAUGUGUGGUUAUAUUGUAGACUUAAUGUAUAAUAGAUGACCAGAAACCCUAGAAAAGUCACUCCGGCCUAAAUAAGUAACUGGACCCACAAUAUCCCAUAAUGAUGAAGUGAAACAUGUUUUCUGAAAUUUGUGCCAAUUUAUUAGAAAGGUAACAAUUAAAAAUCUUAUGUGCAUAAUUAUUCAGGUCUUUUAUUGAGUAAUUUGCAGAACCGUGUUUUGUAGCGAUCACAGUUUUGAGUAUUCUUGGAGAUGCCUCAACCAUCUGUACUCCCCAAAGAUGUUCAGUGGGGUUCCAGUCCACAUUGGACUGGGCCAUUCAAGGAAAUUCACAGACUUGAUCCUAAACCACUCCACUGAGAAGCAUCCCCAUAGCAUGAUGCGCCCAUGGUGAUGAGCAGUACCUUGUUUUUGCCAGAUGAAGCUCAGGCUUAAUAAUUAGAUUUUUGUCUCAUCUGACCCGAUUUAUUUUAUUUUAUUCAUGCUUUCAGAAUGAUUUAAGUGCUGUUUGGCAAACUCCAGGUGGCAUUUCAUAUGCUUUUUACACAGGACUGGCUUCUGUCUAGCCACUACCAUGAAGGCCUUAUUGAUGUCGUUCUACAAAGAUUGUUGUCCUUCUGAAAUAUUUUCCCAUCCCUGCAGAAAAGCUCUGAAGUUCUGUUAGAAUAGCCACUGGGUUCUUGGUCUCCUCCCUGACCAAGGACAUUCAUGCCGAGUUAUUUAUUGUGGCCUGAUGGACAGUUCUAGGAAGAGGGUCUGGUCAUCUAUUACACAUUAAGUUUACAGUAUAACACAACAAAAUGUGGCAAAAGUAAAUGGGUCUGAAUACUUUUCAAUGCUGCAGUAGCUUCUAACCUGUUCCCUGUGAUCUAAUAUAAAUCCUGGUGGAACUCUAACUUCUGUUUCAACCUUUUAACCACUUCAGGGGGGCGUGUGAAGACAUGGAAAAGGCGAUGGUUCAUUC